CCAAUGGGUGUGCGAGGUGCAGUGGGCGACACUGUUGUAUCGGCCGAAGCAAAGUCAAAGCUCGCUCGGUGCUGUGAAGUGAGAACUUCCGAGGCUGGAAGCAGUGUCCUGGUCUUCAGGCAAACAAAUCCCAUACAAAGUUCCAGGCGUACCUAUUAUUCUAUGAGUUUCUGGGGACUGACUGGGACCCCUUCUGGGAUUCGACAGGUCCGCAUCAUUCGAUCCCUCCCGCGAGAGGCGAGCACUGACUGAUCGAGAAGAACACGCCUGACAUUUCUGUGACGUACAGCGAGCGGAUUUGUCAAGACAUCUCUGACAGAGUCUAUAUUUCCAACUACACGGCGUGGUUUUCUCGAUCCCGUCGACUUCACUGCAGGACAGUCGGCACGGAAGGAAGUCUGCCUGACAAUCUCAGCGUAUGGAUCCCAGAAACGAAUCGAUACAUCCUCCGAGUUUCAAGCUAGUCGGCUGUGCUGUCAGUGAAAAUAGAUUACGAAGGGAGCGUCGAUAAUUAGAAUUGGAUCACUAAGAAAUCUGCAUCCGUUCAUAGGCAACGUAUUCUGGAUCCCAGGAAUUCAGAGUUCCUAUAACAGAGGACGAAGAGGAAAAGAAGAGUUGUAGAGGUAGAUAAGUGGGUUGGGUUUCAGUGAGAAUUUUAAAAGUAGACGGCGUUCAUAAUUUGAUUCAUGAGAAAUCGGCAAGAAGAGGGCCAUGGUUAUAAACUUCAGUUCCAAGCCUCUGCACAUUAUUAUCCUGUUGUUACACUUUUUGUUCGUGCUCAGGCUCCAGGAAGGAAUCGUCUUCUGCAAUGCUCAAAGUUCACCCCAGAGCGAUGGAGCCGUCUUACAAAUUUGGAAGCGAGAGAUUGAGGAUGGCGCUCAAGCGCUGAGGGAUUGGGAUAAUCCAUCAUCUGCCGGUUAUUGUCAAUACACUGGUGUGCAAUGUGGGGCCACGGGUCGAGUGAGGUCGUUGAAUAUCUCAGGCCUGGGACUGAGUGGGCCGAUCACUACAUUUAUCGGGGACUUGACGGAGCUCGACAAUUUGGAUUUAUCCAACAACAAUUUCGAUGGGGCCAUACCGACAGAAAUUGGGAGGCUGCUCAGCCUGCAAGUUAUGGCCCUCCAGGUCAACAAUCUGACAAGCAGCAUUCCCGACUCGCUCGGAAAUCUGACUCGGCUGAAAAGCUUGACGUUGGGCAACAAUUCUUUGACAGGCGGGGUUCCGGAAGCGCUCACGAAAUUGACGUCUUUGGAAGUCUUGAGUGUGCCGGCCAAUCAGCUGGAGGGGCAGCUUACAGAGAAUUUGGGAAACUUAGGAAACUUGACUCACCUGAUUCUGGAAAGCAACAAGCUGAACGGAAGCAUACCGCAGAGUCUCGGCCGUCUGACAAAUCUGCGGGUUCUGAAUCUGGGUAACAACUCCAUGAGCGGCGAAGUUCCAUGGGGAAAUCUUACACGACUCCGCGAGAUGCAAGAGCUCACCCUCUACUCGAACUCCUUCAGUGGCAAUCUGGCUGACAAUUUCGGUCAGCUCUCAAACCUCCAAAUCUUGAAUCUACAUGGGAACGGAUUCAAUGGGACGAUUCCCGACAACAUCUGCGUGGCUUUAGUAAAUCUUCGAAUGCUCCAGCUGAACAAGAAUGAGUUUCAGGGAGAGUUGCCCAUUGGAAUAGGACGGUGCUCCAGGCUAGAAACUGUGGACAUAAACUCGAACCAUCUUUUCGGAAGCAUUCCGACCUCGAUUGGGAACUGCUCCAGUCUGAGACAAAUCAUAGCCUGGAACAACAAUUUCACGGGACAGAUUCCCCAUCAGGUUGGGGACCUGACGCAGCUGGUGGAUUUCAACUUCGAUGUGAAUAACCUGGUUGGAGUUCUUCCCAGUGAGCUGGGGAAUUUGACCCAACUGAGAACUCUUCAAUUGUCUCUCAAUGCUUUCACAGGAAACAUUCCCAAGGAACUCGGCCGGCUCUCGAAUCUGAAGUUUCUGAAUUUAGGCAGCAGUUUCCUGAACGGUUCCAUUCCUCCGGAGCUCUUCGACUCGACAUUCAGCCUCGAGGAGAUUCAUCUCGAUUUGAAUCUACUGACUGGAAAUAUUCCUGCCACCAUAGGAAAGGCCAGGUCGCUGACUAUCCUGUGGUUGCAUUAUAAUCAGCUGAACGGAUCCAUACCCGACGAGAUUGGAAAUCUGACUUCUCUCACGACUCUCUCUCUCGGCAACAAUUCACUCUCUGGGAAGAUUCCCGAUGCCCUCGGAAAGCUUACCAACCUCAUGAAUUUUGACCUCGCCUUGAACGAAUUCACCGGUGAAAUUCCUCCUUUCCUGCAGAAUUUCUCUCAGCUCAAAGCCAUUUGGUUACACGACAACAAACUCCACGGGGAGAUUCCGGUGUGGUUGGCCAGUCUGACAAAUCUGCAGUACCUCUACCUGGGCGAGAAUUCUCUGAACGGAAUCAUUCCAGAAGGUCUCGGUCAGCUCACCAAUUUGAUUUCCCUCGGGCUCAAUGAAUGCAACCUGACGGGAUCCAUUCCUCGGAGUCUCAGUAAUCUGACGAAACUGGAGUUUCUGAAUCUGGAGUACAAUUCGCUGCAGGGGAAUAUAACGGUGGACUUCUCCAACUUCUCGUCUCCUGCUUUCUCUCUAAUCUUGGCCGGCAACGAGCUGACGGGCAAUUUCCCCGCCUCACUGCAAGAUUGCUCCUUGUACAUUCUCGACUUGAGCUCAAACCAGCUCGACGGCCUUCUUCCGAACGUAGCGCCAAAUUCCCUGAUGUUGAAUAUCAGCGUUUUCAGCAUCCGAUCCAACAACUUCAGCGGGCCAGUUCCUGCUUGGAUCUGGACUCUGCAAAAUGUGACCAUCCUCGACCUGUCCGAUAACAAGUUCACGAGCCCGAUGCCCUCGAGCUUCCUUUCCCUGCAGGCGCUCCAACAGUCCACUCAGUCCUACGACAGCAGUCUCGACAAGGUCACGGACGACGAGCACAAGCCCAUGCUCGUCUUCGAUGUGGAGUUUCACGUCAAGGGCGGGCUGGUCACGUACACAUACGUCCUGGCAUCGAACACGCUGCUGGACUUGUCCAACAACAAAUUCUCGGGCCAGAUUCCGAGCAAUCUCGGGGACCUCAGGGGGCUGAGAUUGCUGAAUUUCUCUCGAAACCAGCUCGAUGGCGCCAUCCCUGGGACUCUUGGCUUGCUGGAGGAUUUGGAGCAGCUGGACCUGUCGGACAACAAUCUGAGUGGGGAGAUCCCGUCCACGCUCUCAGAGCUGCACUCCUUGGCAGUUCUCGAUCUUUCGAAUAACAAUCUGUCCGGGGCCAUUCCGCAGACGGACAACUUCAACACCAGAUUCCUUGCAUCGGCGUUCGCAGGCAACUCGUUGCUCUGCGGGUUUCCACUCGCGGCCUGCAUCGUCGACGGCAGCGAUGGCAAUGACACGGGCUCGUCGUGCAGCGGGUCGUUGUGCCACGCUUGGGCCAGGGCGGUGCUGGGGACGUUUUUGGCUCUCAUCGUGGCCACCGUAGCAGCGACGGUCGCCAUGAUUCUUCUGCUGCGACGGCAGAGGAGGAGCAGCGAGUCCGACUUCACCACUUACCUCUUCCGAGACCAUCACGAGUACGACGCCAUUCUGAAGGUGGAUUUCAAGGGGCUGGCUUAUCACACCAAUGGGUUUGAGUUCAGCAAUUACGAGACGCUCGGCGUGGGCGGCAGCAGCGUCGUGUACAAGGUGCCUCUGCCCGAGACCACCAUCGCCCUGAAGAAGCUCAAUCUGGAACGGCACGAGCACCUCAAAAAGAUUGCAACUCUCGAGUUCGACCGAGAACUGGAGACUCUGGGGAGCCUUCGUCAUCGGAAUCUCGUCAAGCUGCUCGGGUUCUGUUCGACCUCGACCAUGAAAGCCAUCAUGCUCGAGUACAUGGAGAAUGGCAGCCUCGACAAGCACCUCUACGGGCCUGGGAACAAGCCGCUCUCGUGGAAGACCCGGCUCGACAUCGCCUCCGGUGUGGUGGAGGCGCUCUACUACCUCCAUCACGGCUGCCAAUUUCCCGUCAUCCAUCUGGACCUGAAGCCGAGCAACAUCUUGCUGAACUACGACAUGAUUCCUAAAGUUGGUGACUUCGGACUCGCCAAAUUUGUCAAGAGUGGGGCAGGUACAGGAGAUGUCACUGCAUCUAAUGUCUGCGGCUCCACUGGUUACAUUCCUCCAGAGUAUGCGUCAACGAUGAAAGUUUCCACCAAGGGAGAUGUGUACAGCUUUGGGGUGGUACUCUUAGAGUUGCUGUCGAGAAAACGUCCCACUGAUCUUGGCGGGGACAUGACGAUUAGGCAGUGGUUUGUGGGAGCUUUUCCGAUGAAUCUUUCUCUCGUCCUUGACCAGCAGCUGUUGGAAGAAUCGGAGACUAUGAGCGAUGUGCAGCUGAAGCAGAUCAGCUUGUUGACCCGAAUCGGUCUGCUGUGCACCGUCCCUCAGCCUUCCGACAGACCGACAAUGGUUGAUGUGAAAGCUAUGUUAGAACAAAUCCGUGCUGAAAAUGGUUUCACGCAUGCAAGCCUUGUGAAAUAUCCGUCCCUACAAGAACUAGCAGCUGUAGAUCAUGAACCGCGGACGAUAAGGUUCAAUGAUACUGAAUUUGUAAGAACUAUCUCGAAGUGAUUACUUAGCUUAGAAUUCUGUUUUCCUCUUGUAAAUCUGUACUCUAUCUCCUAGUCAUAUCGACUCGAAACGAAGCACCUCCUCUGAUGUAGAUGUUGUGUUUGUAAUUUAUUGGCAGA